CGUAUAAUUUGAAAUUUGGCGUCAAAAACAUUCAAAAAUAAAAAUGAGACACAUCUCAAAACGGGCAAACUCCUAAUUCCCAAUUCUCCUCUAUCCGUCCCUUCAAAAACCCUAAUUUCCCAUUAAUAAAACAUUAGAUUUGAUAUAAAGCCAAGAAAAAAGGAGGGUUUCUUUCUUUGUUUCUCUUACAGUUGAAUCUGUGCAAUCCACAAUGGAUUUCUUCAAAAUUGUAUUCUCCGACGAUGUACAACCCCAAAGCCCCGAUCCCCCCACUGAACCGUCUCCAAACCUGGGAUCGUCCUCCACGUGGAGUUUCGGCGGCCUAGUGAAAACCCUUGCGAGCAAGUCGGAAUCGGUGAUUGAAUCCUACCGGAAGGAUUUCGAGGAACUCGGAUCGGGAUUGAAGAAGGAAACCGAAAUUAUCAGGAGCGUGGCCUCACGCGCUGUCACUGACUCCCUCGAUAUCGGCGCCUCAGUUGCUCAGGAAAAGCUCGAGUUGGUGGGACAGGCUAUUGAUGACAUCGGUAGCUCCGUUUGGAAAUCAACGGCUCAGAUCAUCUCUCACGGUAAAGAUACGUUCUUAUCACCUUCCGACGAUUAUGAUUCCGAUCCUGAAAAUUCUAGAAACAAAAAAUUAAAUAUCAAUAGUAAUAGCGUUAAUGAGAAACGGUACAGUCGUUUUGAGAUGCAAAUUCGAGCGCUUCAAUCAAGUAGAACUACUUACUGUACGGAACCCGAUGAUUUGGAGGAUUAUGGGAAUUGGAAAUUAGGGAUUAAUUUGGAAGAUAAAAGAGGUGAAAUUGAAGAUUUGUUAAAUGAAAAUUCAGCUGUUCAAGAUAUUUUUAGAGAAGUUGAAUCAAAUGAAUUUGAAUAUAAGAGAUACUGGAGUAACUACUUUUAUAAGUUAAGUAAGCUAAUCAAGGCGGAGGAGGCGAGAGCUAAGCUCGUUAAACGAGCAAUUUCGGGGGAGGAAGACGAGGAUUUGAGCUGGGAUAUUGAUGAGGACGAUGAAGGAGUAGAGGGUGGAAAUGUUGAUUGUGAGAAAAAGGAGCAUGAUUUGCGUGAAGAUAGUGAGGAAUGUUCGAAAAAGGAUGAGGAUAAAGUGAGUUCGUGUAAGGAUAGUGAUGUUUCCAUAAUUUCGACCCAACAUUCAAUGGCUGAGGAGGAAGGGUGGGAUGAGAUUGAGGAGAUUCGGAGUAGUAACGACAAUAAAGGGGACAAUGUUGUUGGGAGCACUAGUAGGAUUGAUCUAUGUAAGCGGCUGAGUGUUGCAGAGGAAGAAGAGGAUUUGACUUGGGAUAUCAAUGACGAGGAAGAAGAUCAGCCUGUUAAAGCUUGAUUGAAUACCUGUAGUAGUAUUAAUGAUUCUUUUAAGAUAGUUUUCGUUUUUAAUUGAUAAGAAACUUAGGUUCUUGUAAGGAUAGUGAUGUUUCUGUAGCAUCAAGCCGACACUUGCUGCCCUAGGGGCUAGGAGGAAGGGUGGGCUGAGAUGGAGGAGAUUCGUAGUAGUAAUGGUGAUAAAGGGAUGACGUAUUGGUAGCACUGAUAGGGUUUAUCCGUGAAGCCGCUUAAUCUCGCAGAGGAAGAGGAGGAUUUGAGUUGGUAUAUUGAUGAUGAUUUUGAGGAUAAGCCUGUUAAAGCUUAAUUUGAUAUUGAUGUAGGGAAUCAAAAUAAACCGUUGAUGCUAGCAAUAUUAUCAUUUAGGUUCUUUUCGGAUGAUUCUUUUUUUUUUUUUUUAAAACCCAGCUUCCAUAGUUUGUAUAUGAUAAAAGAUCAACCAAAUAUUUAGUUUAUUAUGUAAAAA